ACUCCAGUAUCUCCCGGGCUGGGUACACGCAGGUUCACACCCAUGUGUAAGCAAGAUUGCCAAACUAUACCUACAAGGCGUUCGGAGGAGAGUUCAAAAGUCAAGAGACCGGGCUAAUUUAGCUCCUAUUUCACAACAGCCCUGAUCGUGGUCGACAUGUUCCUAGGAAGAUGCGAUGGGCUGGAACUUCUUUCAAGAACAGAUUGCAAAGGCAACCGACCAUAACGUGGCAGGUCACUGCCAAGGGAAGCAGUACCGGAAACCGUCGCCUCUGGCUUAGGCUGCGGAGCGGGAACCCGAUUCUCUGAGUUAUGUUUCUGCCUAAACACGCAGAACAAGAGUUAGUGACUGCAAGAGUCGCGCGCGGUGCUAUUUCUUGCUAAUAAAAGGUCCCCACAGGGACAUUUUUGCUAUGACUGGAGGCGUGGCCAGUCCCCCUGCACGGCUUCCGGGAAGGGGUGGGGAUAGGAGGCUCGCCCCGGGGAAGGUCACGCUCAGGGCCCCCGACCGGGUCCACGCGCGCCCCUGCCCCGCCGCCUCCCGGGAGCGGCCGGGGUCCCCGCUGGCUGCGGAGUGGCAGGUACCCGAGGUCCCGGCGCUGGCAGCCGGGCCAUACGCGGGGAGGAGCGAACCGCGGGGCCGGGUGUGGCCGAAGCGCUUCCUGUGCCAGGUUUCCGGCUCCGGGUCCCUGGAGGAGGAUCGCGGGCCAGAGGCGGAGCCGCAGUCCUGCCGCGACUUUCAGACUCCGACCAUGGCCUCGCACUGGUGGCGGUGGCUGCGCGGCUGCUCCUGGAGGCCGGCGGCACGGAGCCCCGAGCCCGGCUCCCCCGGCCUUGCGGGACCGCCGGGGCCGCCGGCAGCUGCCGACGCCCAUGCGCAGGUUCAUAGGUGGAAGGGACUUGACCUGUCUCAGAUACCCUAUAUUAAUCUUGUGAAGCAUUUAACAUCUGCCUGUCCAAAUGUAUAUAGUAUAUCACGGUUUCAUCACACAACCGCGGACAGUAAAACACACAGUGGUGAAAAAUACACCGAUCCUUUCAAACUCGGUUGGAGAGACUUGAAAGGUCUGUAUGAGGACAUUAGAAAGGAACUGCUCAUAUCAACAUCAGAACUUAAGGAAAUGUCUGAGUACUACUUUGAUGGAAAAGGGAAAGCCUUUCGACCAAUUAUUGUGGCGUUAAUGGCCCGAGCAUGCAAUAUUCAUCAUAACAACUCCCGACAUGUGCAAGCCAGCCAGCGCACCAUAGCCUUAAUUGCAGAAAUGAUCCACACUGCUAGUCUGGUUCACGAUGACGUUAUUGAUGAUGCAAGUUCUCGAAGAGGAAAACACACAGUUAAUAAGAUCUGGGGUGAAAAGAAGGCUGUUCUUGCUGGAGAUUUAAUUCUUUCUGCAGCAUCUAUAGCUCUGGCACGAAUUGGAAAUACAACUGUUAUAUCUAUUUUAACCCAAGUUAUUGAAGAUUUGGUGCGUGGUGAAUUUCUUCAGCUUGGGUCAAAAGAAAAUGAGAAUGAAAGAUUUGCACACUACCUUGAGAAGACCUUCAAGAAGACUGCCAGCCUGAUAGCCAACAGUUGUAAAGCAGUAUGGUUGAGAUUUUGCCAUGUUGGCCGGGCUGGUCUCAAACUCCUGGCCUCGAGUGAUCCACCUACCUUGGCCCCGCAGAGUGCUGGGAUUAUAGGCAUGAGCCAUCGCGCCUGGCCAAUCCUUCUAAUAUUUUACAUGAAAUAUAAACAAGUCGUAUUUCUUCAGAGUACAAAGUGAGUAUAAGCCAUAACUGUUUCUCCCCUUGCUUUCUCCCUGGCCUUCCCUCCACUGUGCAUACACUUGUAUACAUUUUUUUUUUUUUUUAAAUGAGUAAUGCCUUUAAUCUGUAGACAAAUAUGUGGUAUUCAUUGUUAGUCCAAGAAUGAGAAACAGUCUCUCCAUAGAAUUGUUUCUCUGCCCAUCUCUAAGCCUGACAGAUACACAGAGAUAAAACCUGGACAAAUGACCUUCCCGUGUAAUUACAGCCACAAAAUAAGGAAGACCUGUAAGGGUCGCAUGUCAGUUGCUGCCAUGAUAGACUCCUAAGAUAAUUAACAGGUAAAGAGAGCUUUUGCUCAGACCUCUCAGGUGAAAAAGUCUCUUGCUGUUAGUGUCUCUGUUUUGAAAAGUGUCAAGAAAUGUAUAAUUGCAAGCCAGAAACGAAUGAGGACAAUCUUUUCUUCCUAAAAAGACUUAAUGGAAACUUUAAGGAAUGUGAAUGAUGUAGAACAUGCCAGCCACAGUCUCGACCACUUUUGUCUUUUUAUUAAAAGGGCUAUUAUGUUUUUAUUUCCAAGAAAUUAUGUGGGUCUUUUUUUUUUUUUAAGUGAGAUGGAAGAAAGUACAGACACAAGAUGCUAAAUAAGAGAAUAGCCUAUUUUAAAUGGGUGUUCUAACACUUUUACAGUAAUCCUUUAUAUAUUAUCGUGCCCUUGAUGGCCCAAAUCUCCCUGAAGGUCAGGAUCCCUCCUCUUAACACAUUAGGAUGCCUUAAUAUUACUUAUUAAUAUUUAUCCUUAAGGGGAUGUGUUAAGUGAGGCCCAUUGAUAAUUUCACAAGUUUGAGACUGCAAACUUAGAAGCAUUAGCAUGGCCAGGCGAGGUGGCUCACACCUGUAAUCCCAGCAUUUAGGGAGACUGAGGUGGAAGGUUUGCUUGAGACCAGAAGUUCAAGACCAACCUAGGCAACAUAGCAAGAUCCCCUCUCUACUUAAAAAUAAUAUUUAAAAAAUAAAGUCUUAGAAGCAUUAGUAGUAGUGAGACUGUUGGAAUUGGAAACACCAAGACUUACUGUCUGCACCACGCGGACAUCCCACAGGCACAGGGGGCGGCACCAAAUUGGAGCUAGCACAGAAAUUCACUCAGUGAUGGAAUCUUACAGAUGAUCCAAAGAAAUGGACCUGAGUCGUGAUAGAGAGGUUUCCUCGUGCUCACCGUUCUCUGCUUAAGAAGCCAAAGAUAAUGCACAGGAAUUCUUUUAUAAAGAUAUGCAAUUCAUUCUUCAAAGAUUAGCAACUGAACAGUGAACAUGUUAACGUGGCUGGACCCUUAUUAAAAAUGAAAUGUUUCAUGCUGUCCACUAGGGGGCAUGCUGGCAUCGUCCCAGCACUACCUCCUUUUCAUGUGAUUUAUUCCUAAACUCCAGAGCUCUUAGAAUAAUAAAGCAAAAUCAUAGUGUGAGCUAUUUGAAUAAAAGUUUCUAUAUUUAAGUGCCUAUGGGUGGAAAUAUUCCAGAGGUGUUAUGGAUUCAAAAUGGCUUUUUUUAUGUACUCUUGGUAUUUAAAAUGCAAAGCCAUGCGAGCUCCAAAGAAAUGCAUACAAAGCAAAUUAGACACACCAAAAAGAGGGGAGGAGGAGAAUUUGAAGAGCAGAAUUAUUACAGAAGAAGAACUAACAGGAUUGCAAAAUGUGUUGAGAAUUGGAGGGAAACUUACAAGCUGCAUUCUACUAAGGAUGCCAUUUUUUCGUCUCCCCUCCUUUUUUUAGUGAAAAUAAUAUUAACAUCUAAGAGAGGGUUGUCACUGGGGAUUGUUUUGUGAUUGACUGAUAUUAAAAUAGAAUCCAUUUUAGGCCAGGCACAGUAGCUCACACCUGUAAUCCCAACACUUAAGGAGGCCAGGGCGAGUGGAUCACUUUAGUCCAGGAUUUCAAGACCAGCCCGGCCAACAUGGCAAAACCCCAUCUCUACUAAAAAUACAAAAAUUAGCUGGGCGUGGUGGUGCACACCUGUAAUCCCAGCUACUUGG